UACAAGUCUUAGCAGCUCCAUGCUAUGAAUUACAUUAUGUAACGCAUUUCGCCGACGCAGUGAAACUAUUUGUAAAAUGCGCGUCCUAGGCUAGUUGCUAUUCCUCUCAGGACAGCUAGAGCGCGGCUGCGAAGCUUUGCGAAAUUCGGUACCUGGAAGAUAUGUAACUGCACACUACUAUCGGCGGCAAACUAUACUGCCUUGGGUUGUAUGCGGGGAUGGCGAGACUUGCAGCCGGAUAAUCACGGUCAGGCCAGGCUACGGAGCGCCGCCUUUCAACCCACGCGAUCGGGAUUGCGAGCGGCAAGCAUCGCCGGCACAAUUUCUCGCCCGGCCAUCCUGUCCUCUGUUGCCGCAUCCUCGCACACUCAUUCCUUACCCACCUCGCCCUUUAAAUUUCCUGUUUGCGUCGCAAUUGAAGUUGAGUUCAGCUUCCCGACGCCAUGGCAGCUUAUUUGCGAAGCAGGGCCAUGCCUCUAGGCGGCUUGAAAAGGCUGGCAACAAGGCCGCCGUCUGUAACCACAGCAUCUCUGAUCACUCGACGAGCAAAAGCUUCACUGGCCCAAGAUGGCCAGCAGCAGCUUCUUUCGGCGCACCUCGAGAAGGCCGACCCGGCUGUUUUUGAUAUCAUUGAGCGAGAAAAAAACCGACAGAAGCACUUCAUCAACUUGAUUCCAUCAGAGAACUUCACCUCCCAGGCUGUACUGGAUGCGCUGGGCAGUGUCAUGCAAAACAAGUACUCGGAGGGCUACCCUGGCGCCCGGUACUAUGGCGGCAAUGAGAUUAUCGACCAGUCCGAGAGGCUAUGCCAGCAGCGAGCACUGGAAGCAUUCAGCUUAGAUCCCAAGUCUUGGGGAGUCAAUGUACAGGCUCUUUCUGGUGCCCCGGCAAACCUCUAUGUGUAUUCGGCACUUAUGGAUACUCAUGACCGACUGAUGGGCCUUGACUUGCCUCAUGGUGGCCAUCUUUCCCAUGGCUACCAGACGCCGACCAAGAAGAUAUCUGCAGUGUCGAAGUAUUUCGAAACUUUGCCUUACCAACUGGAUGAGCGUACUGGCUAUAUCGAUUACGAUAACCUUGAAAAGCUGGCCACCAUCUACCGACCCAAGAUCAUCAUUGCCGGAACCAGUGCUUACAGCCGCUUGAUUGAUUACCAGCGCAUACGCGAAAUUUGUGACAAGGUCAACGCUUAUAUGGUAGCAGAUAUGGCGCAUAUCUCUGGUCUUGUUGCCGCCAAGGUGCUGCCAGGUCCAUUCCCCUUCGCUGAUAUUGUCACCACCACUAGCCACAAGAGUCUCCGUGGUCCCCGAGGAGCCUUAAUCUUCUUCCGUAAAGGUGUUCGAAGGCAGAACCCGAAGACCAAGGAGGACGAAAUGUACGACCUUGAAGGUCCUAUCAACAACUCCGUUUUCCCUGGCCAUCAAGGUGGUCCCCACAACCAUACCAUAACCGCUCUUGCUGUUGCGUUGAAGCAGACACAGACACCGGAAUUCCAUGCCUACCAGUCCCAAGUUCUAGCAAAUGCAAAGGCCUUCGCUAAGCGUCUUGGAGAAGAGAAGGGAAAAGGUGGCCUAGGAUAUAACCUUGUCAGUGGCGGUACCGACAACCACCUCGUUCUCGUUGACCUGAAGCCCCAUGGCAUUGACGGUAGCAGAGUAGAGCGCGUUCUGGAACUGGUUGGCGUUGCCGCGAACAAGAAUACCGUGCCAGGUGACCGAUCAGCCUUAGUACCCGGCGGUCUUCGUAUGGGGACACCCGCUAUGACAACUCGUGGCUUCCGUGAGGACGAUUUUGUCCGUGUGGCAGAUGUUGUUGACCGAGCCGUCACUAUAGCGACUCGCAUCAACAAGACUGUCCGAGCGGCGGCUCAAGAGCGAGGCGAAAAGUCGCCUGGUAAGCUCAAGCUCUUUGUAGAGCAUCUAGGAAAUGGAGAUAGGGAUCCGGAGAUUGUGCAACUGAGAAGCGAAGUCGCGGAUUGGGUAGGCACAUACCCUCUCCCUUGGGACGCGGCUCAGUAGAUGAAUCCCAUAUGGCAAUGCCCUGUUCAAAGAGCUGCAUCUUGGAAUAGUUAAAUUGAAGGAUUCUUCUACCACCAUUGUAGACACCAACGCCGCGAUUUUAGACGUUCGUCUACUGCUAUUUAUUUGCCAGUUUGUUCAAUCAAGUAAAAGCACCUUUGUAAAGCUCCAUAUAUGUACACUAAAUAGACUACAAGGUAAUUGGAUGACAAUAUUUAAAUUAGUGGAAAGUAUAGAAGCAUUCUCCCCUCUCUCGG